AUGUCAAGCCCGAAAGCCGUUCUUUCAGCGGCAAGACUCGACCACUUUCACCUCAAAGCGUCUCCGUCUCUCAUAAGAGCCUUUUCAUCAACGACAAGAACAACAUCACCACCUAUACGAUGCCUCCGCCAAUAUUCCACCACAUCUCAAUCGCAAUCUCACUCCCGUCCCGCUAAGGAAUCACGCAAAAUCCCCAUCUUCAUCACCACGGCCAUCCUCGGCACCGCCAUCUACUACUUCUCCUCGCCCUCGAAACCAACUCUUCUCAACUCAGAAACCUUCAUCCCCUACACGAUAACCUCCCGAGAGGCCAUUUCUCCAACCUCAUUCAUCUUCACAAUCUCGCCCCAUACACCAAAUCCUUCUCUCCCGUAUCUCACGCCCUCUACACCCUCGUGGCGCCACCCCCUCUGGUCCGUCGAGUUCAAGCAGCCCCAAGUCCAAAUCGCUCGCCAUUACACGCCUCUGCCUCCCCAAAUCUCCGAGGACCCGGCUGAUGGAUCUCUGCGCUUCUACGUGCGCGCCGUAGGAGGCGGCGAAAUGUCGACUUACCUCAGCCGCCUCGGCGUCGGCCACGAUGUCUGGCUGAGAGGACCGCACGUAGGCUUUGAUGUCACGGCGAGGCUCGGCGCCAUGAACAACAUCGUCUUCCUCGCCGGCGGCACAGGCGUCGUCCCAGCUAUGCAAGUCGCCAAGGCAGUGCUGGAGAAGAACCCGGAGGCUCAAGUAAAUCUCCUCUGGGCGAUACGCAAGAGGGAGGAGCUGCAGCGCGUCAGUAGCCCGGUGCGACGGCCCUCGUGGUGGCAGUUUUGGCUUGCGAAUAGCACUAAGCCGGUGGAAUUGAAUUCCCAGCUGCAGGAGCCCAGUCCCAUAGCGCAGCAGCUGAAGGUUAUGAAGACGACGUAUGGCCAACGAUUGCGGAUACAAGUUGCCAUUGACGAGGAGCAGACGCAGUUCCGUGCGGCUGACCUUCAGAACGCCGUCUCAGGGGCACAAGACCGGCAUCUCUUAGCCAGCCGUUCCAUUAUAGGCCCCGGAUGCCGUCUACACGACUCAGCAUUGUUGGAAUUGACGUCCGAGUUUGAGACUCCUGCCGGAUCAAACGAUUGUAAAUGCGGGCAUGGAGCUGGAAAGAACCUCUUCAUGAUUUCGGGCCCGGAUGGCUUCAUUGCCCACUAUGCUGGGCCCAAGAGAUGGCUAGGCGGCCAGCAGGUUCAAGGAUCGGUGGGUGGCGUAGCAGCUCAACUUCAGACAAGAUACCCAAGGUUGGCGGACGACUGGCUCGUCCUGAAGCUCUAG